CAGGAAUUUAAAACGACUGACGAUGUCCGCACUGAAGUGCCUAUUAUGUGGACAUUGGCCAACCCUGAUUUGGACGCCGAUAAAUGGAGAUUAAAGCUGGAGUACAUGUGCGAAACAUUUAACCGAAACGGCGAUUGUGGAAUAACCAACGAUAAACACAAAGCGGAAAAUUCAUGCUCAUCAGGUAAGAUUAACCGUAAUAACUCGCCAUAGCGAGUUUCCCAAACAAAUCCUAUUAAUGUUCUGGCUGUUGCGUAGCAACAAACCCUAUGGUCAUUUUUCUUACCUGGGCUACUUGUGGUAUACCUGCUAGAAGUAUGCAUCAAUAAUACGUUGAAGAUCUUAUUGGCUGACUGACACAAUCAUCGACACCAAAAGUUUGUAAAGAGGAAGCUUACUCAACAACGACGGCAACAGGCUACGAAAGCGUCUCUUUAACUUACAGUGAAUUCCCGCUGCUUAAAAACUCACUUUAUCUCGCUUAUUCUAUCUCGUUCAAUUCGCCAAAUGUUGGCAAAUGCUUCUGGAGUUGAAUUCUAAAAGACUGUAUUGAAUUUCAGGAAAAGAAACUCGUUGUCUUGUCUCGUCCUCCACAAAACGUGAAAUUAAGUUCUUUCAGUCGUAGUCGUGUAGUAAAGGCAAGACAGAAUGAUACACAUGUAGAGUUGUUGUCUUGCUAAUCUAAGUCUUUUCCUUUUUUUAUUUUCGUUGUCGCCGCUAUCGUCGUUGCUUAAAGUACAUGUUCGGUAAAAUGUGCACUUGUUUUGCAAAAUUGCUACAAAAAGGAGUUGAAUAGCGAUGUUGGGCGUUUUGCUAGCCACUUUUACACAUAUCUUGGAACAAUUCAGGUCAUUGCAGGUUGUGAAAAUUUGUCGCAAAAAGUAGAGAGUAGUUCUACUUUUUGCAACAAAAUCUGUACAUGUUGCGAGUUUUACCGACCAAAGGGCUAACUUUUUUUUCAGCAAGUGACAUAACUCCCGUGCAUGGCGCGAGUCCCGCGUAAUUUCAUCCAAUCAGAAGUCAGUAUUCACGCAACUUGCAACAACCAGAUUUAUUGCAAGAAAGAUUUUAUUCGUGGGUGGUUAAACGCGCAACAUGGCUAUUCAACUCGUUUUGCAACAAUGUUGCAAAUAUUCCUGCAAAAUGAGUUGAUGAAUAGCGAUGUUGUAGAACUAUUCUCUCCUUUUCAACAACUUUACACAACCUGCAACAACCUAAUUGGUUCAAAACAGGUUUGAUUCGUGGUUGGAAAAACGCGCAAAAUCGCUCUUCAACUCGAUUUGCAGCCGGUGUUGCAAAAACGUUGCCCGUCUUACCCUACCUUAAACCACUGAAAUAAGAUUUAAAUGUUCUCCACUUUCGAGAGUAUACGGUUCGAAAAGCUACGUUUUCAUACAACUUCUUCUUCGAAAAAUUCAGUUUUACACGCAAGGCUAAAACGCGUUAGUCUAGAGAGAUCUUUUGGUUUCAGUUUCAAUAAAAAUAUGAUGCAAAUUGCAUUUCAUUUUUACUCAUUUUUUCAAUAUUAAUAACUGUUUGUUUAAACGAAGGAUCCAGAGUCAAAAGAGGGAAACAAAAAGGAAACAAGGAAUGCAAGAAGAAAUGUGAAGGAAAAAACAAGAAAGAGAAGAAAGAGUGUAUUAAGAAUUGUGAAGACAACAGCAACAACAAUAACAAUAACAACAACAACAACAACAAUAACAACAACAACAAUAACAACAAUAACAAUAACAAUAACAACAACAACAACAACAAUAACAACAACAACGAAUGCGCAAAGGAACGCGAGAACUUCAAUUAUGAAUCAAUUCAGUGGAAAACAAUCUUGACGUGCGAUGCAACAAGGAGUGAUGAUGGUGAUAGUACUACUCAAUGUCAGCACGGUCAAGGUACGAUGCAAUUUUAGCAAAGAGCGCUGAUUAGCAAAAAUAUAAAUAAAAGGUAAUGAGGUGUAUUUUACUACACCUCAUAUAGUAUUUUAGCGUCAUUUGAAAAACUGGGACAACGUUUUCUCAUAUUUGUUAAUUACAUAACAAAAAAACCAUUCUUCAUUGUUGUUUCCUGGUUAAGGAGGCUCGCACCCAUUUUUCAAGAUCUUAUCCCUUUGUGUUUGAUGCUUCGUAACUUUGGCUGUACUGCAUGUACGAAAAAGCCUAGACUGCAAAACAGUCCGUAUUUUUGCGUACCCAAGUACGCGCGAGUAGUCAAAGAAAAGGUCUGGAAUGAGGCUGAAAACAGAGAGCGAGACCUGGGGAGAGACGCGCCGGGCUCCAGGGCUUCAGGUCUGAAAAAGGGUAUCAAAUUUUGGAUCAGGUCUGAAAUAGGGUAGGGAAAAUCACAGGGUUUCAGGAAGCGUGCUGCACACCCACAACCAAUUUUUCUGGAGGUACCCCCCAGAAUUUUUGGUCGUAUUUAGGACACAAAAGGGAGGUCAUUGUGCCAGGCGUUCCUUGCGGAGACCGUGGAAACUGGGACUAAAAAUCGUUGCGUGAUCGAAGCCACGCAUGUUUUGCGAAGAAAGCUGAGGAAAGAUUAAAUUUAGACCUUUUCCGAAACGUGUCGGUCCACGAAUUCUAUCGCUUGAAAGCAUUGAUUACUUUGGAACAAGUGAACACUACUGAGUGGUUGAAAAAAAUAAGAAUCUUAAUUAGCAAAAUUGCUAUGGUCGGGUGUUGUAAACUUUCACUGAAUGCAAAUGGCUCUUGUGAUGAGCAUGCCAUUUAUUUUCGGCGAUGACUGAAAUGACGUGCCACGUAAAUCACUUUUUCUAGACUGCAAAACAGUCGGUUUUUUUCUCAAAAUCAGUAAAGAAAUCGGUAAAGCGUGCCGUAAGAGUCUUACGCGCGCGAAGCGCCCGAGCCUCACACGCCCGUAAUCUGUUUAAAUCCUCUAGUGUGCUAACAGUUAAGACCGUGGUCUUUAACUUAUUUGAAUAAAUCUAUGAGAGUGGUGGUGAAAUAGAAGGUUCUAAAAUUUAUCAUCCCAAAGAAUGUCAAUCGUGCUAUCAACUGAAAAAUUUAACUGCAACCAAGGUCACAAAUAACCCCUCUGCGCCUGUGCUCGAAUUUCAUCAGCGAUAUGAAAUGUGGAUACGUAACAGAAAGAUUGUUACGUAUUCCCAAGUUUGGAUUGAGUGAGGACGAGCCGACUGAACCUCGAUCCCGGCCAAUUACAAUCCUCCCAAUGGAUUACGUAACAACCAAGAGAGAAUAAGGCACAGAGAAUGAAUCCCCCAUAUAGGCCCUGUACCCAUCGUAACCCCUCUAAAUAUAUUUUUAGAUCUUCUCCUAGAUCCGUAGUUCCCAAGAGAGCCAAUCAUAUGCUCAUUGCUGACAGAUGGGCGAAGUCCCACGCAAUGCUUCGCGACGUUCGCGAAUCAAAUUGUAAACUGAAGCCGUAGGGAAACGACGCGCGUGUACGUUUUGUGGACGAAUGUGAUUUUAAGGAAGUGAGUGUAGCGAGUGCUUUAAAAAGACUGUAAAGCCAACUAUGAUAAAGCUUCAAAUAAUUCAAAAUGAAGGAAUUAUUAGUAUAAGACAUCGCGCUCCAGUCUAAAACUGCAUCUGAGAUGAUCUGAGAUCAAAUUAAUCCUGUGCAAACCACACCGGAAACCACAAAACAAUUACUAAAUGCCUCAUUGCCUGCGUGCAGACGUCUCCUAUUUCCUUUGUUGCACGCAAAGGAAAUAGGAGACGUCUACACGCAGGCAAAAUGCCUCAUGACCUCUCAAUGUCAAUGUAUGUCAAAGUAAGAUUUGCUCAGUAAAAAAUUAAAAUACUCCGUGCACUGUAUAACCUACGUGCUAGAGAAAAAGGACAACCGCACCGCUGAUCGCUGAGAAAAAAAGUUCAGCGAUCGCAGUAAUCAUAGCAAUCUUAUGGAAACCACUCUCCAGCGAUCGCUGCUCAGAGAAUGAAUCCCCCAUAUAGGCCCUAAACACAUCGUAAUACCUCGAAAGUUAUUUUUGGAGCGUAAAGCCCGGUUUCGAUAUGACCGCUAUGAUCGCUGCGAUCGCUGAACCUUUUUUUUCUCAGCGAUCGUAGCGAUCAUAUGGAAACCGGGCUUUACGCUCCAAAAAUAACUUUCGAGCAAGAGAGGAUAAAGGGGACAGAGAAGGCAUCCUCCGUACACACCUUAUUCCAUAGGUAAUUCGUCUCGAGUUAUUUUUAAAACCACAGAUCCCAAGGGGGAUUGGACAACAGCCAAUCACAUAGGGCGAAUGUGUUCCGCGUGGAUGACCCACGCUCAGAGCCACGCGUCCUUCACGAAUUGAGGUAGAAAAAAAUGGCGGAAGACGCGGAGAGCGAUAUUGCUAUUCGUUUUGUCGACGAAAACGAGAGAUUUCUGCUAAAGCUGUGUCAGCGAAACGAAAAUUAAAAAAGAAUUGCCCUUCCUCUCUUGCAUAGAGCUAACAGUACAGCAGGGAAAUCCUUAACACACUGAAUAUUCUCUCAGGAUCAUUUAUAAUUUACAGUUUGAAGAGAGCAAUUACUGGUUUGAUAUUUAUUCUUUCACUAGUCUUUUAUUAUUCAACAAAAAUAACACUGGCGUUCUAUAAUAAUAAUAAUGACAAUUUAAUAACUUCUAGAGCGCUAUUUACAUUCACUGAUCAACAGCGCUUAACAACUUAAAAAACUACAAUGAAAUUCAAAUUUGUAAAACUAAUGACAUGUACAUGAAUAUUACUUGCUACUUGCUUUAUUGUACAAACGACCGGUUUCAAUAGACCGGCGAAAUUUCUCAUUUUGUUAAAGCACUGAGGUUACGAUAACUUCGAGUUAAACUGAUUUCACGGGUUGUCAAAGAGUCGAGCGAUUCCCUUUUCCCAGGUGAGCGCCGACUCAUUUCGCUUCAAUAUUCAGAAAUGCUCUCGAUCUCUUUACGCUUUCAUUGCCCUUCGCCCGACAUGUUUUGCACGGCGUUUAGUCAUGCGAAACCUCCACGAAACAUCCACGCAGCGCGCGAGGUAACUUUAUCCCGAUUCUAAAAAUAACUCGAGACGAAUUACCUAUGGAAUAGGGUGUAUAUGGGGGAUGCCUUCUCUGUCCCCUUUAUCCUCUCUUGCUUUCGAGGUAUUACGAUGUGUUUAGGGCCUAUAUGAGGGAUUCAUUCUCUGAGCUUUAUCCUCUCUUGGUAACAACCUUUCUAUUACGCAACCUUGUUUAACAUCGUUUAUAAAGCUCGAGUGAUUCGAACGAAAUAUUCUUAGAGUGAAGACAGUUAACAAUACAAUGUUUUAGCAGCGUCAAGGCAAAUUAAAAGGGAAAGAGCGAGCAGCACCUUCGCUUGACGGGAGUCAAUUGAAAAUGUCUUACUUAAGGUUCCUACGAUCAGGCUCCCCCCCCUCUUUUUUAACUGUGGAGAUACGGAUAUGUAUAAAGAGGGCUUAAUUACAGGCUAGAUAGAUCCAGGAGUAGAGGAUUUCCGGAAUUUAAUGAUUUAUACUUGUCACCUCGAUAUAUGGGUCUCUCUCUAAUCAUCAGGCAUAUAAAUAAACACUUAAAGACUUGUCGCGAGGGAAACAGUUAAUUUUGUUUUCCUAUAAAAUCUCAGUGUUUGACAAACAUUGAAAUUAAAGCUGGAAGUUCAUUAAUCCUUGCUGUAAGGGCGGUCGUCGGUCAACAUUCGCGCGUAACAGUGCACUGUUACCUUUCGCAAUGCUGCCCACUCGGAGAUUUUGGCGGGUGAGUUUCAUUGUUAAACUUUCACGUGACGUUAAAGUAACCAAUGAGAUAUCACUUUUUUUUUCAUCUCAAAAGGGUCCGUAGACAUUGAUUUGAAAAAAAUUAACAAGUUUGACAUGUUGGACAGCUGGCAUUACCACUACACAUGGAGGCCUCCUCAUAAAAGAGAAAAAUCUUGUUGUGUGCUACGGAUAAGGUGUGUUAAUUUAUCUUUGUUAAUUGUUCGACAAAUUAUCGACAAAAAAAUGGACAGUAGAAUUUAGAAAGAUCAUAUAGCAGAAAAGGUAGCCACCCAAGAAAGCCGCCUAGCCCGAUUUAUAUCUCCUAACUCGUUGACAGCUCCUAUUUUAAAACCUCCAAAUGUCACCAGUAAUGAAUGGCUCUAAAGUUUGUGAUUCCUUCUUGCAGAGAGCGAAAAUUUACAUAGAGUGGAUAUCAUUAUGAUACAACAACAACGACAACUUUAUUUAUUAAAGUCAUAAAUUGGAAUUAUUUUGUCAUCUACAAGCAAUUUCUUCGCCACCAUUGCCACGCUUUGCAAUUACAUGCCACCCUUAGGUCAAGUUCUUUCACUACUCUUCAAGUACUUAUAGCUUAUUUCCUUUACAGUCUACAUUCAAUAAGGACGUUAGGAUUGGGGGAGCUUAAUUCCUCCCUUAAGCCCACAUCAACACUCACUUCUCAUUUAGGGAAAAAUGUUGGCUUAGGGGAUGGGUAGGUGGGCAGUUAAUUGAUCCGAAAUAACAAUGGAAUUAGAUACUUAUGGAGCCUCCUGUUGCCAUUUGAUUUUGCAGAUACCAGUUCGAGCUCGAGGGCGGUGAAGGGAAACGGUAAGUAACAGGCAUAGACUUUUUCUUUUCAUUGGCAUCACCUCUGACUAACCAAGGUACUUCAAAAGCUCAUUUAAAAAAUAUCUAUACAAAGGAAUUUAUUGAUCAUAAAACUUUAAGUCCAAUUUCCUUAGGCAAAAUAACCCCAAAACUGAAUAUUAGUGCAAGUUUUGAAGUGGUUCAAUAAGCUGAAAGUUCGUGGUUUGUCAAGUCUAAAACACUCUCAUUUGCUCAUUUGUUCGCCACUGAGCUGUCACGAUUACGGCUUCAAUCUCUUUUUUAAGGCCCCCUUCGAAAAGGUCGCUCAGAGGGAUUUUGCUAGUUCAAGUGUAUAAAAGUUUAGGGAAAUCUGCUAUUUUGGUCGUAAAAAGGACCUAAAAGAGCUAACAGACGCAUCUUAUGGCUGUGAAAAAGACAAAAAAAACGUCCUGGUUUAGUGAUUUAUUCAUAUUUAAAAGACGGUGCAUUCAGUCUAGCAGUUAAAGGGAAUGCAAAGUUUUUAAAUAGUUAUGUGAAAGGGGCACCAUUUGUUAUAGAAGGUAUAACGAAAUGGGUACCUUUUCUCUCAAAAAAUAGUAUAUGAAAGGGUAAGGGGUUGGACCGCUGGUCGGAGCCUCCCCUUUUGUUAGGCCCCCUCCCCCUCGGGUAAUAACUAUCACUGCUUAGCAGUUAAAGCUGUACAUGUCUUCGCUCUCUGUUUGAAGAAUUAGUCAAGAAGCAAUUUUGUCCUUCAACCUUUGCUUUCGUCCUUUUUUUAAAGCCUUAUACUGCUUUCCCUAUCUCCCAUUCAUUUUAUCUUUGACAUCGCACAGCAAUAAGUAACACCUAUCUCCUGACUCCCACACCGUAGCUAAAAACUGACAAUUCCGCUAAAUAAAAAGUACUAAUAGCACCCUAACUUACGCCAAGGAGUCCUUUUUUCUGGCAAUUACAACGCCGAUCAACAAUUUUGUUGAGAUGGAACAACCACUGUGUCAGUUGUAAUUACGGUAAUUUUUUUCUCUCAAACUCUAAAAUUUCGUCUGUCUUUGGUCCAGUCCGGGAAAGCUUUACUGAGAAGAUCUAAGCAAGAAUACAGCUCAAGUUUUAGUUCCUUCAAGAGCCAUUACCCGAUUUCCACUAUCAAUCGGCUUUGUAGCUUAUUUCCUCUUCUAUUCAUCUUUUUUCGUUCAAUGAUCUUUUUUCAAUUCCCUGAACACUUUUAAACGACCGUAAUACAAUAUUUUCGUCUGGUCACUGGAAUUGGUCUCAGCUCACCAUCUUUUUUAAUUAGCAAAUAUGCAUUGUUAAAACAUUACGUAGUUGCUGGCCACGUGAUCAUGAAAGAAAACUCUCCAUUCGGUAUGGGCUUUUAAUCAAGGAAAAACAUUUCCUAUUUAUUUAUUUAUUUAUUUAUUUAUUUAUUUAUUCAAUCAUUUAGCUGAUCGACNCCGAUUUCCACUAUCAAUCGGCUUUGUAGCUUAUUUCCUCUUCUAUUCAUCUUUUUUCGUUCAAUGAUCUUUUUUCAAUUCCCUGAACACUUUUAAACGACCGUAAUACAAUAUUUUCGUCUGGUCACUGGAAUUGGUCUCAGCUCACCAUCUUUUUUAAUUAGCAAAUAUGCAUUGUUAAAACAUUACGUAGUUGCUGGCCACGUGAUCAUGAAAGAAAACUCUCCAUUCGGUAUGGGCUUUUAAUCAAGGAAAAACAUUUCCUAUUUAUUUAUUUAUUUAUUUAUUUAUUCAAUCAUUUAGCUCAUCGACUUUGUAUUUAUUUGGCUAUUUAUAUUCCUAGCACCUUCGAGGACAGAUCACAUGUUUUCAAUCUGGUCCCACAUAAGGGGAACCUGAAAACCAGCCAACCUAUUAAAUACAUCCUGGGAAUAGGAAAGAGGGGAAAUAUUGAAGAAGCUUUUCCUUCUAUGGAAUACCGUUUUGUUCCCGAAAAACUAACGGUCACAACAGAUCAGUACGUGUGUUUCGCGUGGGCU